AUGGAGGAGGAGGAGGAGAAAGUCUGGCGCACGGCAUGGCUACGUGGUGGCGGAAGUUUAUCGGAAGUCACCUGGAUCGGCCGUGACGUGCUCGGUUGGUGCUCGGCGGGCCUGCACCUCGUCUUCCUCGACGUAACAACCAACAGGCUGCGCUUGGUCCGUCCGGCCGACGACGCCAUGGCUUCGGGCGUCUCGUGCCUGGCUGGCCACUUACGUUAGCGUGUCCUGUUAUUCUUCGUUUUUCAUUCAAGGCACAAAGUGUUCGCCUUCGCGGAUAAACACGUCAAGCCUCGGAUCCACGUUUACGCGUACCCAUCGAUGACGAAGAUAAGCGAGUGCCUGAAGGGCACCAGCUACGUGUACCUGGCCAGCGUCUUUGCCGGGGACUUUUUUGUGUCCCUGGGCUCGAUGGUCGGCUUCCGACUGAGCAUCUGGUCGUGGCGAACCGGUGAGAAGAUCGCCAGCGUCCACACGCCCAUCCACGACGCCGAGGAGUACGGCCAGGCCUUGAGGGUCAACUAUUCGACACCACUGUUCGUCGCCCAGAUCGGCAACAAAUCGGGAAGACUAAUAACCUGGGAGGCGACGAUUUGCAACUCCACUGUGCUUAUGCACGAAAACGAAGUGGUCCUUCCUAAGAAAGAGCCCGUCAAGGACGUAGCUUGGUGCCCGGACUUGAGCGACCUCCUGGCCAUCGUUGACAGGGACGGACACGUUUACCUCUGCGACUCGAAGGGCAACGGCCUCAGACGCAUUGUGCAGUCUCAGCGCUGUGUCGAGUGCGUCGACAUCGAACCGGUGGCUGUGUGCUGGUAUCGCGGUGGAAUCGUGCUGCGAACUACCUUCUGCCAGAUUCGCUACUACCGCAGACGUGACGCCGAUUUUUGGGCCAAGGUGUGGCUCGAGAAGAUCGAUACGCACCCCUGCGCCCUCACCUCACACCCGUACCGCGACGAUCGAGUGUUCUUCGUUACCAUCGAAGGUCACGUUGUACAGGUGAACUUUGUGGAUGACUUGGAGCAGCCCGCGAGCCUGGCCGAGAAACAGUUCGUCGGUGGGAAGUAUCGAUUUGUCGAUUUCGUACGUCCCUGGGACGAUCACGUUGUCGCAAUGGAUGGCUCCAUGGAGCUCUCGGUCAUUCGGAUGGACGUGGGUGUCGAGGUCUCGAGGGUUCCUCUGGCGCUCAGGGGACGUGCCACGGCCGUACUGUCGCAUCCGGAGUAUCCCCUCGUGGUGGUUGGCUCCGAUGAGGGCGAGGUGUCGUUUGUGAGUUUCAUCGACUGUCGGAAGCCGGUGGUACUUGGAAGCUGUUGGGUGCAGCUGCAGGCUCUGGAUCUCCUGAAAUUCUCGACCUCUGGAAGAUUCCUAGCAACUUGUCAAAAGAUCACUGGGUUGUGCUUCCUCUUCGACGUCUCCUGUGCGAAAGCGAUAAGCAUCGUAGCGCAGUUGAACGUAGCUUCCAAAGUGGUCGACGUCAUGUUGUUCGACACAGACGCGGGCCUGAGACUUUUCGUUCUCCAAAGCAAGACAGUUGUUCCAAAAUUCGGAUACAAGCUGUCACUCUACUUUCUCCCUAGUGGCGCUUCGAAGUUCCAGAACACCCUGAAAAUCUUUCUUCAUUCAAACUUUUACCAACGAUUGCACUGCGUCCCCAGUGAAACUGGCGUCUUUGUUGGUUCACCUUAUUUGACCAAAAAGUUGACGUACUUCAGAACCAAUGACUGGAAAAGCAUAAUCCUGUCCGAUGUCUCUUCGGCUGAGCACCACGUGAGGCAAAUCGAAAUAUCUAUAAGUGGAAAAUGGCUCGUCACCAGCGCUGCUGAUGGUCUUGUGGUCGUUAGGGAUGUGACCAAAAAAAGGCACCAUUCGCGCAUUAUGACUCACCAUCCGAGCGACCUUGGCGUAUCUAAGGUAAUCAUCGAUUCAACUGGUGACUCGAUGGUAGCUCUUGGUGCCGAUGGUUCUCUGGUCGCGGUAAGAUACCACAAGUCCACAGUUGGUCCAGUCUUGGAUGAUAGAUACGAAAAUUUGCAAGAAUUUGGCCGUUUGGACUUUGACGAUUACGGAGCUAGAAUGGACGAUAAGAAAAAAUUGAGUACCAAGGUUGUAGAGAUAUUAUCUCAGCCGGUGCGGAUUUUUGACAACUCCACAAAAUCGCCCAAUGUUCCGUGGACCGUGUGGAAGGAGCAAAAACGGAUCGAAGAGGAAACCAAAAUCUUUGCUGACAAGAAAGAGUCUCUGGUGCAAAGUUUUACUGCCCUGAAGAAUCGAGUUGUCGAUCUGUUGGACAAGAACGAGAUCUCUGCUGAAUCAAAGAAGCUACCGACCUUGGCGUUUGAGCUGGACAACGUCUACCGGGAGAAAAAGAUCAAGAGGGCAAAGGACGAGCGCGAAGAGGUCAGGCACGAGCUGGGGUUCAACAUGCUCGAGAUGGACCGGGUCUCUGGAUGGAUCAGGAGCAAAUUCUGGGAAUCCCAGAAAAUACUGGGUCGAUCGAUUUUCGGAAUUUUCGACGACACGGAAGUCACCAAUUACGCGAUGUCCAAGGAAAGUGCCAAGACGUUGGACGUUUUUGAAUACGCUCGGGUUUUGCGCGACAUCGUAGUCGAGUUGACGGGCGAGGAUAAUGUUUUUCCUUGGGACACUCGUACCGAUGCCGAACUCAGGAUUGAGUUCGACAAGCAGUCCAAAGUCAGAAGGAACAGUACGGAACCAGCGAUCGAUGACAUUUCCCAUGAAGGCGAAUCAGAGACUUUCAGAAAUUUCUACGAAGGUAUGACAACUCACCGUUUCAUCGAACCCUGUGCUCUCUACUGUUCCCAAUUCAAGAUCUACGCUUACUCGCAAUUCGUGAGCGACAAUCACAAUAUUGUCAAGGACACGAUGAGACUACGAGAGUACUUCAACAAGCAUUUUGCUGACAUUCAAUCCAUGAAGGAGCGGGAGAUGAGCUUGAUCCACGAGCGCGUGGAUCGGGUUCUGUUCAUUGCUUCCGAGCUCGAGUCCAUGUUCAACGAGUACGUCGAGACAAAAGCCACGCAUCCCGAGUGGCAAGCGAAAGAGAUACCCGAAUCCAUUGUCGAAGUGACAGAUCGCGAGUUGACCACGAGACCAUACGUAACGCGCUCUUAUCAAGACAUCUUGGACAAACAGACGGCAGAAGAGGAGAGAGCCAGACUGGCAAGGCUGGCAGAUGAUUUUCGCGAGCGAGCAUUGCAAACGAUGAUGGACGGCGUACUGGAGGUUCGCUGGGAGGAUAUAAUCAAAAAAGACCCCGAAAAACCCGAAUGUCUGGCCAUUGGAAAAUCACCUGAUGACUACACAGAGGGAGACGCUCUCGCGGUCAAAACGUACCAACAAGAGUUGGACCACCUAACGACGCAACGGCAAAAAUACCAGGCAAUUUUACGAACCGACUACGCAAAGGUCAACGCUACGCUCGACGAGAGCAUUGAAAAGUUCAACUCACGGCUUUUGGAGUUUCAUUUGCUGAAAAUCCAAGUGGAGUCGGCGAUACAGCAACUCAAUUUGCGGUACGUGCGGUACUUUGUGCGUCACGUACAUCGGUUGAACGAGCUGAAAGAAGCCAACGAAGUGAAAGCCCGGAUGAACGCAAAGUACCAAGAGUCAGCGACGAUCGAGGAGGAAAUACAAACCAUCAAGAACGUGGAGCAGGAGCUGCUGAGCCACUACGAAGACUUGCAGUCCAGGGACAAGCUGAUGGAGAAGAAAGCCCAGAGCGAGUUCCCUGGGUUGGGGAAGAAGGCCGUCGCAGGGCUGUUCCAGCAGUACAGGAGGCGACCGCGGGUCGCUUUGAAGAACACCUCGGCCAUCGAGGGUCUGGACCUAGGUAGGAGUAUCAAGUCGAGGGUGAAGCUGCCGUACGUGACGUCGGAAGGCUUGGACUACAUGAGACACCUGGACAUUUUGGAUGUCCACCCUGCUGCCCUGCACCAGUCCAUCGAAACCCCCCACUGGGAAAGCCUCGUGCAUCUGAGACGUCUGAAGAUCGACCACGAGCUGAAGCUUAGAUCGGUAGAGCGGAAUCUCGGAGUGGCAGCCAGCAUCGUAUCGAGCUUGUCCCUCCGGCAGUCGUCGUUACACGUCUCGAUCGCGUCGAUGAGCGAUCAGUUAAGACAAUCACGCGUCCAGCGAACCGAGGCUGACCUUAACACCGAGCUGCAACUGGUUUUGAAAAUGGGUCAAGUGGAGGACGAGCCGUUGGUUGGCAGUCUGGCUCGGGAUCUGCAGCACGCGAUCGUGGUGCCACGGCGCGGCCUUGAUCGGGUCAACGAGGCGCUCGUCACCGCGGGUGGAAAGAAGAUACGCGAGAUCGAGCGCAACCUGGAGUUCAGCCGAGGUAUCCUACUCGAGGAGUGGGAGCACCGCUGUAUGGGGAUGAGGAUGGAUCACAUGGCCACGAUGCUGUACUACGUGAGAAUGGCCAACGUGACGAGGGAGGUUCAGGAGUACCUGAGGAGGAAAAGGAUCGGCAAGGCAGACGAUAAAACGGAGAUGAAGUUGCAGAGAAGCGUAGAGGGGACGCGCAGGAAUCUAGAGAAGCUCGUGAAAGAGUGGGAAGAGAAACUGAGCAGCGUUAGCGAGGAAGUGUUGUGUAUUCAGCGAAACAACAAAAAGCUGGACGAGAAAAUCGUCAGAUUGAACGUCGACAGGUGUGAGCUGGAGUUAAAUAAGGAAUACGACUCCGAAGCAAGAUUCAGAGAAUUCAAAGAUACACUAGUCAGGAUUUUUGCCAAAAGAUCUGCGGUGGCUAGGAAGUUACUAAAUAAUUACGAGCAGAUCUUGAAAAUGCGAAAACAGCUUAAAGUCAUGAUUUGUCAUGCAAAUCAGCCUUCAAAGUUCACGAUCCAAUUCCAUGAUAUUGUUGAGUAA